UGGAGGCUGCGGCAGCUGUAAAUCCUCGGCUCUGAUCCAAGAUACAGAUUCCAGGAUUCUAUACACAAGAAACACCUUAGAAGUCAGGGCUGGGCAGGCCGGAGCCAGGAGAGUGGCUACAAUGACUUCAGCAGUCCUGGUGGACAUCCAGGACGAAGUGACCUGCCCCAUCUGCCUGGAGCUCCUGACAGAACCCCUGAGCAUAGACUGUGGACACAGCUUCUGCCAAGCCUGCAUCACGGGGGAUAGCAAGGAGUUGGGUAUUGGCCAAGAAGAAGAGAGCAGCUGUCCUGUGUGCCAGACCAGCUACCAGCCUGGGAACCUGCGGCCCAAUCGGCACCUGGCCAACAUAGCGGACAGGCUCAGGGAGGUGGUGUUGGGCCUGGGGAAGCAGCUGAAGGUGGUUCUUUGUGCGCACCAUGGAGAGAAACUCCAGCUCUUCUGUAAGGAGGAUGGGAAGCUCAUUUGCUGGCUGUGCGAGAGGUCCCAGGAGCACCGUGGUCACCACACGUUCCUCAUGGAAGAGGUGGCCCAGGAGUACCAGGAGAAGUUCGAGGAGUCUCUGAAGAAGCUGAGGCAAGAGCAGCAGGAAGCUGAGAAACUAACAGCUGUUAUCAGAGAGAAGAGGGCAUCCUGGAAGAAUCAGAUGGAACCUGAGAGACACAGGAUCCAGAAGCAGUUUGAUCAGUUGAGGAGCAUCCUGGACAGAGAGGAGCAGCGGCAGCUGAAGAAGCUGGAGGAGGAGGAGAGGAAGGGGCUGAACAUCAUCGCAGAAGCUGAGGGUGAGCUGAUGCAGCAGAGCCAGUCCCUGAGAGAGCUCAUCUCAGACCUGGAGCGCCGGUGUCAGGGGUCAACAACGGAGCUGCUGCAGGAUGUGAGUGAUGUCGCGAAAAGGAGUGAGCUCUGGACCCUGAAGAAGCCAGAAGCUCUCCCCACCAAGCUGAAGAGUACGUUUCGAGCCCCAGAUCUGAAAAAGAUGCUGCGAGUGUUUAGAGAGCUGACAGAUGUCCAGAGCUACUGGGUGGACGUGACUCUGAAUCCACACACGGCUAAUUUAAAUCUCGUCCUGUCUAAGAACCGGAGGCAGGUGAGAUUUGUGGGCACUCAGCUGUCUGGGUCUCAUCUGGAAGAGCAUUAUGGCUGUGGUGUCCUGGGCUCUCGGCACUUCUCCUCAGGAAAGCAUUACUGGGAGGUAGACGUGGCCAAGAAGACUGACUGGAUCCUGGGGGUGUGCAGUGAUUCAACGGGACCUACGUUCUCUUUCAACCAGUUUGCGAACAAUCGGAAUGUUUACUCCCGAUACCAGCCUCAAAGUGGAUACUGGGUGAUUGGGUUACAUCAUAAGCACGAAUACAGAGCCUAUGAGGAAUCGUCCACCUCCUUGCUCCUCUCCAUGAUGGUGCCCCCUCGCCGAAUUGGGGUGUUCUUAGACUAUGAGGCCGGCACGGUCUCCUUUUACAAUGUCACCAACCACGGCUUCCCCAUCUACACCUUCUCUAAGUAUUACUUUCCUACCACCCUAUGUCCAUAUUUUAAUCCUUGCAACUGUGUAGUCCCGAUGACCCUGCGCCGCCCAAGCUCUUGAACUUUCUGCUGUUCCCACCAUCUGAGCCGUACUCUCUACUCCAAGGCUCUUCUGCAUCUCAGUUUCUCCUUUCUUACCUCCGAUUUUCCUGUGUUCUCACUCCUUUCCUGUUGAACAUUUACUCAGUGCUAGAGCUGAGUAACCCAGCGGUGACAGUGAACAUCCUUGACAGAUUAAUUACAGAUCUUGAGAUGGGUGAGGGGUAGCUGUCAACAUUUUUCCCCUUUUUUUUUUUAAGAAAGAAUUGGAAAAUUUUAUU